AGAACAGACAGAGCAGCCCCAGGUUCAAAGCAAAUGCGCCGGCCAGUUCUCAGAUAUUCUUCCCGCUCCUUUCUCAGCCAACGUUUCAGUUGCUGAGAAUUUGAGCCUUUUCUCUGUCUUCUUGAAGUUCAGUAGUCAGGUGAUGCCGCAUUUCCUUCGUUUGAUGCACAAUGCAUUCUCAGCACGCAAAUCGUGAUGAGGGUCCGCAAAGGUUUGUCGCAAUUGGUAUCGACUUUGGAACGACCUACUCGGGCGUUUGUUGGGCUCGAUCUACGAACCCCAAGGAAGUCAAUCCCAUCACAGGUUGGGCAUCAGAAGAUCAUCGGAACCAGAAUGAGGUUCAAGUACCAACUCUAUAUGACAUUCCUUCGGGCAAAUGGGGCUAUGAAAUCACUCCCGAUAUGAAGCCUAUGAAAUGGUUCAAGCUUCUGCUGCUCAAAAAUGAAGACAUCAUGAAGGAAGAGAUUCGCAAUGCGCCUCAACUUCAACAGGCCCGCGAGAUUCUAGCCAGAUCUCGAUACACCACUGCGGUGCAGGUUGUCGGCUAUUACCUGAAGAACGUGUGGAAUCACACCUAUGCAACUCUUCGUUCAAUGCUGGACAUAGACAAUCUCCCCCUUCGCGUUGCCAUUACCAUUCCGGCCAUCUGGCCUGCUUAUGCGCAGAGCGCAAUGAGGGAGGCUGCUAAGAUUGCCGGUAUUAUGAAGUAUAGAGACAUUGGAGAGACAACUCUAAUACUCGUGCAAGAGCCCGAGGCAGCUGCUUUGGCGACUUUGUUCCAGCGAAACGACUCCCCUGAAAUACAGAAGAAUGAGUCGUUUGUUGUUUGCGAUGCUGGCGGUGGUACAGUGGACGUUAUCAGUUACAAAGUCAUAUCAGAGCGCCCCUUCAUGCUAGAAGAAUGUGUUCCAGGAGCAGGAAAGCUGGCUGGCGCUUUCCAGAUCGACCAAGCGUUCGAGUCCUACCUCCGUGGCAAGGUUAAACUGAAAAUCAGCUCUCUUAAGGACUAUGACUACAACCAGUUUAUUCUGAGAGAGUGGGAGCUCGGCGCAAAACGAAGUUUCAGUAUUACUAACGCCAAAGAGAACUACCACCUUCAUCCCCCAAGUAAAGCUUACGGAACUUUGGCUCGACUGAGAAAUAAGGAGAUCUUGACUAUCAGCAAAGAGGAAAUGACAGGUUUCUUCAACAAAUCUCUCACUGGCAUUCGGACACUUGUGGGAGACCAAAGCAAAGAGGUCAAAGAGGCAACUGGAAGACUGCCCAAGAAAAUCCUUCUCGUUGGCGGCUUGGGUAGCUCUGAAUACGUUUACGAUGUGUUGACCGAAAUCUUUUCCAACAGGGUCCUCAGACCCAGCGAUGGAUGGUCUGCCGUCGCCCGAGGUGCUGUUCUCCGGCUGCUCCAAGAGAACAUUUCAUCACAGCCCGUCAAGUCCGCAGUGCAAAAAGCCGCUCUCGCAAUACUGCCAGACGUUGUCUCUCGCCGAUCGAGAUACCACUAUGGAAUUCUAGUGGACUUUCCCAUUAAAGAUGUGUAUCUUGAGCCUGAAGAUGUGAUCACCGAAAACCCCGAAGGGGUCGAGGUAACAAGUAGAAUGAGAUGGUAUAUUUCAAAGGGUGAGAAGAUCGACAAGAAGUCGCCUAUUCAGUUUUCGUAUCACCACUACUACCGCUCCGCAGACUUUCCCCCAAAAUGCUCAUUUGAUAUACUGUACAGUGCUCAGGAGGAAGAACCAAAGAGAUUUGGCUCGGGAGUGUUGACCUUGUGUCACAUUGAGUGUGACUGGGAUAAGCCUAUAUCUCAGUGGCAAGCUGUAGGAGAUCCAUCAAAGGGAUGGAGAAAGCAUAAUGAUCUUGAGCUAAGUAUGGGAUUCCAGGGUGAACCGAAGUGGGAGAUUCGUGUCGGAUCUAAUAAGCGUGAACAUGGGUUUAGUAUUGAGUAUGCGAAUUGAUAGCAAUGGGAGAACGGAUUUGUUUAUGCAGGAUGUAUUCAAUAGUCUUGAGUUUACGUUAUACCUUAGCCUCGGCUGAAGUGUGGAUCGCUACCAAGUAAGGGCUAGUGAAGCAUUUAACGCCGAAAAAUAUUACAACCCAGCCAUUCUAUUCCUUCAA